AUGUUUAAACUAUCAUUGAUAAAUAUUUUCUUUUUAACGACAUGCAUUCUGCCUGGAAUAUCGGUCUUUAUCUAUUUGAGUAUACCCGUUUACACUGUAAGGGUGUUUGGUGUUAGUAUUAGUGAUCAGUCCACACGUGAUGCUGCGCAGCUAUGGGUUCGGACAACGGCCAAUGGUGAUAUACUUGUUUCACUAUUGAGUGGUAUUGCUUUGUACAAAGAAUCGGAUUGGAAUUUUCGACAAAUUGUUAUUCGUGUGUGUUCAAUAUCGAAUUUUGUUCAUUUCGCUUGCUUUCUCCUUCAUCACUAUUUCGUUGCACAUCACCAUAUUGGUUUAGUUCUUGUAUAUUAUUCAGCAUUGUCGAUGACGUUGCUCACUGGCUUAGGUUGGGGACUUAAUUGGGAUCAAAUUCGGAAAAAGCAGGCGAAAAAUCCCGAUCAAAUACAGUUGAAUGUUGACACAAAUGCCUGA